AUGGACGGCGACAAGCAGAGCAACCGUGCCCACAGGCCGGCCAAAGCCCCGAAGCAGGGGCCGGGCAAGGGCAACAACCCCAAGGCCUUUAUCAGCUCGUCCUUCCGCAGGGCCGAGAAGCAGGCGCGCAGGAAUGUCGAGAAGGACCAGACCCGCCUCCAUGUCCCCGCCGUCGACCGCACCUUCAACGGCACGGCCGGCCAGGGCGGCAAGGGCGUCGAGCAGGAGAUCCCGCCCGUCAUCGUCGCCGUCAUGGGCCCUUCGGGUGUCGGCAAGACGACCCUGAUCCGGUCUCUCGUGCGUCGCUACACCAAGAACACCAUGGUCGACAUCAAGGGCCCCGUCACGGUCGUCUCGGGCAAGACUCGCCGGCUCACCUUCAUCGAGGUCCCGAACGACCUGAGCGCCAUGAUCGACACGGCCAAGGUCGCCGACCUCGUACUCCUCAUGAUUGACGGCAGCUUUGGCCUCGAGAUGGAAACUUUCGAGGCGCUCUCGGCGCUCUCGUCGCACGGCAUGCCCAAGCUCAUGGCCGUUCUCACGCACCUCGACCUCGUCAAGACCCCUGCGGCGCUCAAGGCGCAGAAGAAGCGGCUCAAGAAGCGCUUCUGGACCGAGGUCUACGACGGCGCCAAGAUGUUCUACUUGUCGGGCGUCAUGAACGGCCGUUACCCGGACCGCGAGAUCCUCAACCUCAGCCGCUUCAUCUCGGUCGCCAAGUUCCGCCCUCUCGCGUUCCGCAACAGCCACUCGUACUUCCUCACCGACCGGUUCGAGGACCUCACCUCGCGCGAGAUCGUCCGCAAGGACCCCAAGGCCGACCGCACCAUCGCCCUGUUCGGCUACCUGCGCGGCGUCCCGUUGCGCCCUCCCGGCGCGAGCAACUCGGUCCGGGUCCACAUCCCGGGCUGCGGCGUCGACGCCCUCGAGGUGUCGCGCAUGCUCGAGCUCAUCGACCCGUGCCCGCUCCCGACCAACGACUCGGAGAAGCGCCGCCGCAUGGGCGACCGCAACAAGGUCGCCUACGCGCCCAUGAGCGGCGGCAGCGGCCAGGGCGUCACGUGGGACGGCGAGCGCGUGUGGAUCAACACAGGCGGCACCUUUUCGCGCCGGCGCGAGGAGGAGGGCGAGGGCGACGACGACGCGAGCGCGAUCGACGGCGGCGACGGCAUCAAGAUGGUCAUGGGCCUGCAGGACGCCGACGAGACGCUCGCCGAGAGCGUCGCCAAGAGCCAGAUCCGCAUCUUUGGCUCGUCCAAGCCCAUGACGGCCGCCGAGUACCACGACCAGCAGCAGCAGCAGCAGCAGUCGGCAGCACCUGUCGACGGUCCCGCCGUCAAGCGUCAGCGCCGCGCAGCGUUCGACGACGCCGUCGGCGACCACGACCCGGCCGAGUACGACGGCUUGAGCGACGAGGACGACCAGGUCGGCGAGGCCGACUUUGACACGGACGACGAGGCGCCGCUCGACGACGACGAGGCGCACAACGGCGAGCUCGCGUUCGAGAAGGGCGGCAAGGGCACGUCGGGCCGCAAGCGGCGAGCGAGCGCCGGCGCCGGUCCUCGCUCCGAGGAGAUCGCCUACGCCGAGUCGGACUCGGACCUCGACCUCGGCCUCGACGACGACGACGACGUCGUCGGCGGCAAGGGCGCCCGCCUGCUCGACUUUGACGACGAGGACGCCGGCGCCGACAUCGCCUCGGACGACUCGGACGACGACCAGGGCCCCGAGUGGAAGAAGAACCUGUCGGCUCGGGCGGCGGCGACGAUGCAGGUCGGCCGUCGCCGCAACCUGAUGCGCCUCAUCUACGCGUCGACGCUCACGCCGGCGCAGGUCGCCGCCGGCGAGACCGAGGACACGGUCGCGGCGCAGGAGGAGGCCCAAGCCCGUCGCGAGGCGCUCGGUCCCGACGGCGACGACGAGGACGAGGACGGCGACAUCUUUAGCCUCGCGCGCGACGCGGCGUCGGGCGCCGACGAGGACCAGUUCCGGGCGCCCGUCAACCUCGCGAGCCUCGGCGUAUGGGACGACGACGAGUUCCUCGACUCGAUCCGCCACCUGUUCAUCACUGGCGGCGACGCGCCGGCGGGCGAGAAUGCGUACGAGGAGGCCGGCGGCGACUUCGAGGACCUCGAGGACGACGACGAGGGCGCCGCCAAGGCCAACGGCGCCGGCUCGGCGUUCCCGCCCGAGCUCGACGACCUCGACGACGACGAGCGCAAGGCGCGCGAGAUCGCCGACAAGAAGGAGGCGCUCAAGCGCAAGUUCGACGCCGAGUACGACGACGACUCGGACGAGGACAAGCUCGACUUCUACGGCGAGCAGAAGGCCGAGAUCGAGCGCAAGCUCAAGGCGACGCGCGACGAGUUUGCCGACGACGACGCCGAGACGCGCGCGCUCGUCGAGGGCUACCGCCCGGGCGCGUACGUGCGCCUCGAGAUCUCGAACGUGCCGUGCGAGCUCGUCACCAACUUCAACCCGCGCACGCCCAUGAUCGUCGGUCACCUCCUCGCGCACGAGGAGUCGUUCGGCUACGUCCAAGUGCGCAUCAAGAAGCACCGGUGGUACCCCAAGAUCCUCAAGACGAACGACCCGCUCAUCUUCUCGCUCGGCUGGCGCCGGUUCCAGACGGUCCCGAUCUACUCGCUCGACGACGGCACGCGCAACCGCAUGCUCAAGUACACGCCCGAGCACAUGCACUGCCUCGCGACGUUCUACGGGCCCAUCUCGGCGCCCAACACGGGCUUCUGCGCCUUUACGCGCCUGUCGCCCGAGACGCCGUCGUUCCGGGUGUCGGCGUCGGGCGUCGUCACCGACAUCAACGGCACGACCCAGAUCGUCAAGAAGCUCAAGCUCACGGGCACGCCGUACAAGAUCUUCAAGAACACGGCGUUCGUCAAGGACAUGUUCUCGUCGUCGCUCGAGGUGGCCAAGUUCGAGGGCGCGUACGUGCGCACCGUGUCGGGCAUUCGCGGCCAGGUCAAGAAGGCGCUCGCCAAGCCCGAGGGCUGCUACCGCGCCGCGUUCGAGGACAAGGUCCUCAUGAGCGACAUCGUCUUCCUCCGAGCGUGGUAUCAGAUCAAGCCCCGCCAGUACUACAACGCCGUCGGCAACCUCCUCCUCCGCGACAAGACGGCCUGGACCGGCAUGCGCCUCACGGGCGAGGUCCGUCGCGACCAGGGCGUCGCGCUCACGCAGGACGUCAACUCGCUGUACAAGCCCAUCCACCGCGAGACGCGCCGGUUCAACACGCUCAAGGUGCCUCGCAAGCUCCAGUCGGCGUUGCCGUUCGCCUCGAAGCCCAAGAUGCAGCCCAAGCAGCGCGAAUCGACCUACCUGCAAAAGCGCGCCGUCGUCAUGGACCCCGAGGAGAAGAAGGCGCUCUCGCUCCUGCAGCAGGUGCAGGCCAUCUCGCGCGACAAGGAGUCGAAGCGCAAGGAGGCCAAGCAGGCCAACAAGGCCGAGCGCGCCAAGAAGCUCGCCAAGGAGGACGCCAAGCGGGGCGAGCGCGAGAAGGAGGACAAGAAGGAGUUCUUCGCGAAGAAGGGCAGGGAUGAGAAGCGCAAGGCCGAGGGAGGGCGGUACGCCAAGAAGCAGAAGCGCGAGUAGUGACCCUGUCGGUCGCCGUCCGGCGUGUUGUAUUGUUCAGCUCGGUCACUCUC